AUGUCUCUCAGUUAUUCGACGUUUAAUGAGAGUCUUGUUGCAAGCCAUGCAUCUGACGAAAUUCCUCGAUUAGAUCCUCAAGUAGAAGAUACAAAUGUUCAUAUUCAUUUUGCUAAAGUUUUGAAAGAUUUUAGAAUGAAUUUCGGUCACCGUUUUGUGAAUGAACUGAUCAAAGACUUCCGUAAGUUCUCAGCGCAGGAACUUUUAUAUUCCUACGAGCAGAAUGCAGAUCAAAACAUAAUUGAGAAUUGGAUCUUAGAGAGUCAAUUUUGGGAUUUGGUAGAGACAAUUUUUCAAGACAGACUUGCCAAAGAUUCAUCUAAUGGCAAUGAAGAGGUAUUAAGGACGAAAAACAUCAACAAAUUCACUUCCAGAUCAAUUGUGUCAGACAACGCUUUAAUACAAGAUUCUGAGCUGGCCAGAAUUUACGUCCUGAUGAAGUGGCUCUCGAAGAGUUUCAAACUUGAUAUAAUCAGGGAUGAUUACAAAGUUGAUAUGAAUUCUCUGCCCGCAACCAAAUGGCUUAACACAAAAAUUGAAACUCAGUCUAACAAUCCCAAAUUUGCUCAUAUGUUUCUUGACGAUGAUUUUUAUCUGCGCUCCAAUUCUGGCGCUGAUUUACAUGAUGAUGAUAAACGUGAUGAUGAUUCCUUUUAUAAAGCCUGUUUCAACUUACUUUUGUCAGGAGACACAGCACAGCUGUUUCAACUGUGUGAGAAUACAAAUAACUGGGGUAUGUCGCUCAUAUUGACAGCUUUGCAAGACUAUAUCGACCCCAAAAUUGAACUGGAUGACAAUGCUGCAAAGCCAGUAGGCGUAAAGAAUACAAUUUUGUGGAGGCGCUCUCUGUACAAGUUAUCCCAAGUGAGUACUUUUUCUAAAUAUGAGAGAGCAUGCUACGGAUUUCUUUGCGGAGACGUUGCCUCGUGUGAACAGCAGGCCCGCUCUUGGGAAUCUAAAUUGCUGAUUUUCCUCAACAAUAUUUUUAUUCAUGAUCUAGAACAAGCAAUGGUUGCAUCAGAGUUCCCUCUUAGUUUAUCGUCGGAUUUUCGCGCUUCUGGAUUACCCAGGCCACCAAAAAUUGUGGAAACCGUUACUGAUGCAUUGAAUGUUUUAGCAUCUUCUUCAGACCAAACAAUCAAAGAGCAAAGCCAGCAUCCUCUUCGUGUUCUGAUGGGGUCUGUAAUGACCAACAAAGUUGAGACCCUGAUGAGAAAUUGCCUGGACUCACUUCAGAAUUUAAUGCUACAGUCGGCAGAAGGCUUCGAGUCGUUCGAACUAACUAGUGAUGCUUAUUUAUUGAGGGUCCUUGUCCAUUUUGCGAUAGUUCUGGAGCUGAAAUUUGGUGAUCAAUUGAUAUCAAAUACCGAAUACACCCAAUUGCUGAGAUCCUAUAUUUCAAGGCUGAUCCUUUACGAGCAUUAUGACUUAUUACCAAUUUAUAUUUCCUUCAUCCCCAACGAUGAAGAUUUAGUGGACACAUAUUCACAUUUAUUAUCCCAUUAUCAAUUUGAGAAAAGUGAGAGAAUCAAGCAGCUAAAAGCUAUCAGACAGCUCAAUUUGCCAUUAGAAUCAAUAUUGAGAAAAAGUGCAACGAGGCUAUUCAAAUGCACCCAGCAUAUGUAUAUUCAUGAUCAAGAGAUUUGUCUCAGCUCACAAGUCACGGACUCUGAUCGUAAAUUGUUCAGUACAGUUUACUGGUUCUAUGAUGCUGGGAUGCUAUGCGACUGUGUUGAAUCUAUGGUCUCCCUUCUUAGGAGGCUAUUAUUAUGUGGAAAGGUCCAAGCAACUAUCGAGAUGAUUGAGUCAAUAAAUAUCCCUGACGUUAUUCGUGAAUACAAAUACAAGGUCGAAUCAUUGGACGGGAUUAAUGAACUCCCGCAGGGACUAUUCGUGAUACCAGCCUUCAAACUUGAUGAGUUGAUGCAGUAUCAGAUAUUUGCGGAGAAUUUCAAAAGUUUGAAUGAGUUUCAAAUGGACACCGAGAGCAUAAAGACCGAGGCUCUUAUUGAAAGUUUACUGAUAAGAUCGACUUCCAUUGAGCAUCUUAUCAAAUCUUUUUUGUUUGAUCUCUCAAACGACCAGUUCAUUGCCCUUGAGGACCGUAAAAUCUAUCAGGAGUUGAGACAACUAUACAUACCUGCUUUAUUCGACAUGACGUUCAACUUGCUGAUUUCCUUCAAAGAACAUUCAAGUGAUUUGCUAAUUAGAAGGGCAAUGGAGCUAAUCCAUCUAUUGAGCUCGAGCGAGUUUAGACUAUAUGAGGUAUUCAAAGCAGCUGGUAAGCUCAAAUCAUUUUUGAGAAAGUUUGGUGCUGUGAGCAGUGAGAAUUACAUAUUUUGA